AAGCGUAAUUCUGUGUCCUCUCCUCACUGAAUAAAAUCUCUACCACCUGAAAGCCGUACUCCCGAAGCAAUGAGACACUUUCUUCUUCCGCCCCCGCCGGCUCCCUCCAAAUCCUCCACCGUUCUUCUCUCUCUGCUGAAACCGCACAGUCUGGUUCUCUCAAAAGUCGCCAUUUAAGCUUGUACAUUUAUUUUCACAACCCUGCGCAACAGACGGGUAAGCAAUCAUGGCACCAAAUGCCAAAGUUGCACAGGCUUACCGUGCAAUGAGAGAGCUUGGAAUUAUUGAGAAAACAGUGAAACCAGUUUUGAAGAAACUUCUGAAGCUGUAUGAGAAGAAUUGGGAGCUGAUAGAGGCAGAAAAUUAUAGAGCUCUUGUUGAUGCUAUCUUUGAAGAGGAAGAUGCUAAGGUGUCAGACAAGAAGAAAUGCAACAAUGCAGUUGAAGAGGAAUUUGAUGAAGAUGAUUCAGGUCAACUUCAACGUCCUUUAAAACGAAUUCGCUUGAGGGGCCAAGAAGGUCAAGGUUCAUCAUAUCCCAGUGACUGUGGGACCAGGUCAGAUGGAGAUUUGGUAAAAAAGCCUAAAGAGGAGCCGGAAGAAGUACUACCUUCACCUCCUUUGCUGCAGCAAGCUUCGCCAGGUAAUCAUGCUGCUACUACAAACAUAAACAAGCAACCUGUGUCACCUAGGCCUCUGCUGCUGGAACGAUCUGAGCCUGUUCAACCUUCUCCAACAAGGAGAAGCGAAUCAAAUUUACUUUCUUCUCAAAGGCAUCUUGGGUACAAAGGGAAGGAACCUAUGUCAUCUCAUGUCACUUCACAUGAGAAAGAACGUGUGCCUGUUAGAGCAUCUAAUGCAUUCUGCAUUAGAGAUCCAGCAUCUGAGCCAGGCAUUUUGCAUAAGAAAAUUGUGCCUGAUGCCCUGAUUGUCCCCAAAGAAGAGCCUCUUACUGAUGAAAUUCCACAAUAUGAGGUUCCUAUUGCAGUUAUUCACCCAGAUUCAUUAGGUCAAGAGGAUUCUGCUGUAGGAAAUAUUGUUUCAAAUGGAAAAUCAGAUCGUCAGGAAUCGCCAGCUUCCCCACAGGUAGAUGAAAAUACAUGUGAUGUUCUUCCACCUUUGUCAAGUGAGAGAAAAACCAUCUCUGAGCUUGCCACCUUUGCCGAUGAGUUUUCUCCUUGCUUAGAGAUAGCUUCCUCACCCAUGGGAGAGGUGAAGAUUUCUCUUAGCUGCAACUCUGCCCUUGGAGGGCCAAAUUUCCAUGUGCCUACUCUAGAUGAACUAAGAGAAUCCAUGGAGAAAAAGUGUCUAAGAUCAUAUAAAAUCAUUGACCCAAAUUUUUCUGUCAUGAAACUGAUGCAAGAUAUGUGUGAAUGCUUCUUGGAACUGGCAACUAAUUCCUCUAAUGAAUCGCAGGAAAGGUUAUUGAAUGCUAUGCCAGCUCUUGAUCUAAUGAAAAAAUCCACUGAAAUGAAUGGUCUUGGUAUGGGGUGCAAUAAAGACAGUAGCAUGCCAUCUCGGACAUCAAGUGGAUCAGUCAAUGUCUACUGCUCUGAAAAUGGAGAUGUUAACAAUGGUGAUGGAAAGGGAUUGGUGGUUAUUCCACAGAAUCAACUUAGUGCUGAUGAAUUGAGGUGGAUUUACAAUGUCAAUGACAUAUCCAAGGGGGAAGAAAGAGUUGGAAUUUCAUGGGUGAAUGAAAUCAAUAAAGAUUAUCCACUGAAUUUUCACUAUAUAUCACAGAACCUGGUAUUUCAAAAUGCUCGUGUUAAUAUCUCUCUUUCUCGGGUUGGAGAGGGAAGUUAUUGUCCAACAUGCUUUGAUAAUUGCCUGUCAUCUCCUACAUCUUGUUCAUGUGCUUCUCAAGCUGAUGGAGUGUUUGCAUACACUUUGGAAGGCACCAUUAAGAAAGAAUUCUUAGAGCAGUGCAUAGCCAUAACCCGUGAUCCUCAACAGCAAUACCUCCUUAGUUGUAGAGAUUGCCCCCUUGAGAGAUCAAAGAAGGAUUCUAUUUUGGAACCUUGCAAGGGUCACUUGAAGAGAAAGAUUAUCAAGGAGUGCUGGAGCAAGUGCGGCUGCCAUAAGCAGUGUGGAAACCGAGUUGUGCAGAGAGGCAUAAAUUACAAAUUGCAGGUAUUUUUGACAUCUGAUGGAAAAGGUUGGGGGCUUAGAACUCUAGACAAGCUGCCAAAAGGAGCAUUUGUUUGUGAAUUUGUUGGAGAAGUGCUAACAGUUUCUGAGUUCUAUUCAAGGAAAACUGUGAAGCAUACCUGUCCAGUUCUACUGGAUGCAUAUUGGGGACUGAAAGGAGCUCUGGAGGAUGAGGAAGCUCUGUGUUUGGAUGCAACAUUUUAUGGAAAUGCUGCUAGGUUCAUCAAUCAUAGAUGUUUAGAUGCAAACUUAAUUGAGAUUCCUGUGGAGGUGGAAACACCAGAGCAUCAUUACUAUCACCUAGCCUUCUUCACAACAAGAGAAAUUGAUGCAAUGGAAGAGCUUACCUGGGACUAUGGAAUUGACUUUGAUGAUGAUGAUCAUCCUGUGAAGGCAUUCCGCUGCAAGUGUGGCAGUAAAUUUUGUAGGAACAUGAAACGUUCUACCAGAUCAAAAUCUACUAUGAUUUCAGGAUGAACUGAUUGCAGAGAUCAUUACAAUUUUGGCUUUUGUUGUCUGACAGCUAUUUGUCAAUUCGGCUGCUUGGAGUUCAUAUAGACCACUUAUAUUUGGAGUUACUCUAGCGCAAUUGAUGUUGCUACUUGACACAGGUGGCUUCGGCUAAUUGUAGCAUUUUGGCAUGCCUUAGUUUCUCCCUUCUCAGUUGACAUGAAAAAAUUCUGCACUCUGUCAUCAUUGCUAGGAGUAGGUAGCAAGUUGGGUAAAUAUUGGCAAUGUUGUUUUAGGGAUGUACAGCUUCAAAGACUUUGGAAAGUUUACAUGAAAGGCAAUUUUUUGGUUCAUUUUCUUGAAGAUUUUAUUUAUUCAUUUAUCUGGUACAUCAAAUGGGUUAAUGGGCCAUAUAAUAAAAAAUAAUCCUUUUC